CUCUGUGGGGAGAGGGGAAAGCAGGAAAUACUUGGGGACCAGACCAAAUCCUGCGACCAUCACUGAGCCUAUAGGGCAGGAUCUCUCGGCCUUAUUGGGGUCUGGGAUCCUUUUGAGAAUCUAGUGAGAGCCAUGGACCCUUCUCCCAAGCAAAUUCCCUUACUCUGCACACAGCGUACAACUUCAGGGUCUUCAAGACUGCUCAACCCUUCCGGGCUUCGGUUAAGGACAAGGAACCAAUGCCCUUAUUUUACACAGAGAACAGGGAUCAGAGAGGGAAAGUGACUUGAGCAAGGUCACACAACUUAAACGCUACCAUUCCUGUGCACUAUCUGCGUCUUUUCCCCCCAAGUCCAGUGUUUCUUCCACUGCUGAUUCCAGGGUAAGGCAGAAGCCCCCUCAAGGUCGUGUGAGGGCGAAGAUGAACCCCAAGAGCUGGGGGUAAACUGCACUGAGACCUGCCACUUACCUCUCUCAACUUGGGACAGCCCAGUUCUUCCAAGAACUAGAUUUAGAGCUCAAAGGGCCCUCAGACUUCAAAUCGAAGCCCUUCAAUGCACAGGGGAGGAAACUGAGGCCCCAGAGGUGAAAUUCCAGUUUCCCAUCACCCAGCCCAGCCCAGCCCAGCCCAAGGUUAGACUUUUUUUAAUAUCACGCACUCUAAGUAGCUCUCCAGGAAGUUUUUUGUAAUUCUUCAGUAACGGGAAGGGAAGCUAACACCCGAAGAUGGCUUCUGAAAAGCCUUGAAGACCAAAAUUAUUAAAUCCCUAGCUACAGAGAGAAUUUAAAUAGCAUGGGGAAGGAAACUGGCUCAGGCCUCAGAAUGAGUAAUGAGCUACUAGACUCCACCUAGUGGUGGAGGGGAUAAGGUGUGUAAGAGGAAAAGGACAACGAAUACGCAAGCAGCUGCUUCUAAGUUUUAAACCUGAUCAGCUGCGUGCACUUGGACAAGUCCCCGCCCUUUGGGGGCUGGCUCCCCCAGGGACAUGACUCCUCAAGGGAGGCUGCUGAGAAGGCUAUCUCAGGCCACCACUUUAUUUGCCCAGAUUGCUAGGACCUCCUAGGGAUGGGGCUGCGCAGACCCGGUGCGGAGAAGGAGGAAGCUAGGGCAGCGAAGCCAGAUCUCUCAGGAUACAUGCAGGUGAAAUUUGUCUGUAUUCGGACCCAGUCAAACAGGAAGAGAACAUCAGAGGCAGACAUGUGCCCAGCAUACUUGCUCCUGCGGUACAAUGAGAAACUGGAUCGACUAUUUAUUAGUGAACUCAACACCCAGCAUGUCCAUGUUGAUUCCAAAACUGCAGGACCCAGAGGAGACACCACUGGCAAACCUCAAAAGACCAUGUACCUGCAGAAACCCCAGCCUGAGCAGCCUGCAACCAAGAAAGACCUUGACCUAGCCAAGAAGUCCCCCGUUGAACCAUCAUUUUGCUUAGACAAGGUCCAAGCACCCUCCAAGCCAGAGCAGGAGGGCAUCACUCCUUCUGACCUGGCCAAGAUAGCAAAAGUGAUGAAAAACUUUCUUAAGGUGGAUGAGGGUUCCAUGGCCUCUCUCAGCGUGGGCAACAGCCAAGACCUGGACCGGCUCAGCUUCCAGAGCAGCAAGAUGACCGAUCUGUUUAUCCGCUUCCCAGAGAAUCUCCUGCUACACCGCGUGGAGAACACCCAGGGCCACAUCCUCUAUGCUUUCUUGGUGGAGAACAAGGAGCGAGAGGGCCGAGUGGUACACUUCGCCGUGCUCAAGGCUGAGACAGCUACCUCCGUGGCCAAGAUGCUGAGUAUCUUCACAGAGUUCAACACAGACUGGCCCAAGGUCAAGGUGGUCUUUGUGGACCCGUCCUUCCCCCAUCGAGCCAUCCUGCAGGAGAUCUUCCCUGCUGCCCGCAUCCUCCUGUCCAUCUACCACACCACCCGGCUCUUGGAGAAGAAGUUGCAUCGUAGUUCAGCAAAUCCAUCCUUUAAAAGGCUCAUGAAGGAAGCCCUGCGGGAGGCUGUGUUUGUCACUUCUGAUGCCAGCCUGCAAAAUCUCUGUCAGAUGUCCCAAGCCCUACUGGAUGAGGAGCUCUUCAGCUUCCUGCAGGCCCACUGGUUCUCCUGUGAGCUGCUGUGGUACAUGCACGUGAGGAAAGGCCUGCACGCGUGUAACACGUACAUGGACAGCCUAGACGUCGUCACCAGCAAGGUGUCCAGCCUCUUUCGGGAACAGCAGUCUCUGCUGGACUGCAUCCUCCGCUUUGUGGAUUAUAUAGACUUCUUUAAUACCAAAGGCUUGAAAAACUUGCCCACAGCUCCUCCCAAGUUAAAAAGAGCCCGACCAGCCAGCAUGCCGCCAAAGUCCAAGAAGGCAUUUGGAGUCUGUGGGGGGAGCCUCACCAGGCUCCCUGUGGAAAAGACAAAGCCAGAGCCACAGCGGGCGCCGUUGCGGCAGCAGCCACAGGUGCAGCCCUCCCAGGAGGGCAUGCUAGCCACCUUGCACGGGAGUGGCUCUGAACUGGCCUAUAAGCUGUGCCACAAUGAGUGGGAGGUGGUGCAGAACUCCACCCACCUGGUGGACGUGGCUGGCUCCUCUGUGGACAUUCAGCUGCUAGAGGAUUCUCACCAGGUGAGCAAGGAUGGCUGUAGCUGCAGCUGUUCCUUUCAACAGUGGUACCACCUGCCAUGCCGGCACAUUUUGGCCCUGCUGCACACCAGCCAGAAGCCUGUGGGUGAAGCCAUGGUGUGCCGCCGGUGGCAGAAGAGGUACCAGCACCUCCUCGGGCCCAACGGGGAGCUCCGGGACCCUGUUGUGGUCCCAAACAUAGGCCAGCCUGGGAAGCAAGGACGGAGUGACGUGAUUCAGGACCUCAGCAGGGAGCUGGCAAACCUGCUAAUGCAGAGUGAGGGGCCAGAGCUAGAGGAGCGCUGUUCAACCCUGCGCAAGAUUGUGGACAUCUGGGCUGACCCCUGCCAGCCGCCUGAGCCCAGUCAGCAGCCGGAGGACUUCAAGGAUGUGGGCCGCCUCCCUUUCCUCUGGGGAAAGCAAGAGGAAGGGGAGGGACUCCCUCUUGCUGGAGCCACGAUUCAUGAUUAAGGCACUUGCACUGGCGCACUGGACCACAGGCCCCUCUCCUUGGAAGUCUGAGAACUCGAAGUGGGCAGGCCAUGCCAGGGGUCAGCAUUUUAACCAAUGUCUUCCUAGGUAGGGCUAGGAAGAUUGUUACAACAGGGAGAAGAGGAACCCCACUAUGUGACAGUCCUCUGAAUCCACCCCAUUUCUGCCCUACCUUUGUCAUUCCUCGGGAACCUCGUUCAUUGUCAAGGCCAAAGUUAUCUCCAUGCUGAAAGGUCACCCACCCCUCUUUCUGCCCUGACUCCUGAGAUGAGAUCUUACUCCUGUCAGAGGGAUGAAUUCCUGCCCCAGGAUAGGGUGAGACGAAAUAUACCUGGUAAAAGGACCUGUUUCCAGGGACAAAGGGAUGGAGGGUGAUCCUUAGCUGUUGCUGCUCUUUACAAAGAAUCUGUUAUUUGUACUUAUUUUUAUUCAUAUUAAAUAAAGUUUUGGUUUUGGUU